AAGAGGGAAAUCGAAAAUUUCAAACAUUAUUCCCCACAAAAAUUUCAUUAAAAAGCCGCGCCUCCUUCUCUCCUCUCUAAAGAAAAUCCCCAUUUUGACCCGAUUUCACUCCCUCUUUUUGCUCGAAACAAGAAAAGAAAACCAUCCCCGUCGUCCACUCCUCAUCGGACAAGGACCGCGAUCUUCGUUUCUUUAUUUGUUACAAUUUUCCCUUUUUUCUCUGAUGGCGCACGUUAGUCAGCUCCCUUGCAAUGGAGACGGCACUUGCAUGAUCUGCAAGAAGAAUCCGUCGCCGGACGAUACGUUCACGUGCAGGACAUGUGCCACUCCAUGGCACGUCACUUGCCUCUCCUCCUCUUCUUGCCCCCAAACCCUUGCCGACGCCCUCCUUUGGGAUUGCCCUGAUUGCUCCCUCGCGGAUCAUCCUCAUCUUCCUCUUCCUCCCUCGAUCGCCGGGAAAAUUGGAGGCUCCGACAAACUCGUCGUGGCGAUAAGGGCAAUCGAGUCGGAUGAUUCGCUAAAUGAGUUGGAGAAAGCCAGGAGGAGGCAGGAGCUGGUCAGCGGUGGCGGAGCUCGAUUGUCGGACGACGACGGUGAAAACGUGAAAAACAAGGAGGGAAUCAACGGCGAUAACGAUGUCCUUGCCAUCCUUGAUGGAAAUAUUAACUGUUCAAUUUGCAUGCAAUUACCGGAGAGGCCUGUAACGACACCAUGUGGCCACAACUUCUGCCUGAAGUGUUUUCAGAAAUGGGUUGCGCAAGGAAAGCGCACAUGUGCAAAUUGUCGCAAUCAGAUUCCUUCAACAGUGGCUAGCCAACCUCGAAUUAACUCUGCACUGGUCAUUGCUAUUCGAAUGGCAAAGAUGGAAAAAUCCAACAUUACAGGGGGAGCACCAAAAGUAUACCAUUUUGUCCACAAUCAAAACCGGCCAGAUAAGGCUUACACCACUGAGCGAGCUAAAAAACCUGGAAAGGCCAAUGCUUGUAGUGGAAAGAUCUUUGUCACUGUACCUCCUGAUCACUUCGGGCCAAUUCUAGCAGAAAAUGAUCCUCAGAGAAAGCAGGGUGUGUUGGUAGGUGAGACCUGGCAGGAUAGGAUGGAAUGCAGGCAAUGGGGUGCUCACCUUCCUCAUGUAGCAGGGAUUGCUGGUCAGUCAAAGUAUGGUGCACAGUCAGUGGCCCUUUCUGGAGGAUAUAUUGAUGACGAGGACCAUGGUGAAUGGUUCCUUUACACAGGGAGUGGAGGAAGGGACCUUAGUGGCAAUAAGCGCACAAAUAAGGCACAGUCCUUUGAUCAGAAGUUUGAGAAGUUGAAUGAAGCACUGCGACUAAGUUGUCGUAAGGGCUACCCUGUCCGAGUGGUAAGAUCCCACAAGGAAAAGCGUUCUUCUUAUGCCCCAGAAGCAGGGGUUCGUUAUGAUGGAGUUUAUAGAAUUGAGAAAUGCUGGCGUAAAAAUGGAAUACAGGGUUAUAAGGUAUGUAGAUAUCUUUUUGUUAGAUGUGACAAUGAUCCUGCCCCGUGGACAAGCGAUAUUCAUGGAGACCAACCAAGGCCUCUUCCUGCCAUCAAGGAGUUGAAGAAUGCAAUUGAUAUAACUGAAAGGAAGGGAUCUCCAUCCUGGGACUAUGAUGAGGUCGAAGGUUGCUGGAUGUGGAAGAACCCUCCUCCUUGUAGUAGAAAACAAAUGAAUGAUGGAAAUAUUGUAUCAGGGAAGAAAAGGAGGAGAGCUAAAAGAACUUUGUCUGCUAGAGAAAAACUUCUCAAAGAGUUUAGCUGCCAAAUCUGUAGGGAUGUGAUGACUUCACCACUUACAACGCCUUGUGCUCACAAUUUUUGCAAAGCAUGUUUAGAGGGUGCUUUUGCUGGUCAAAGUUUCACCAGACAGAGGACAUGUGAAGGCAGGAGAACACUUCGAGCACAGAAGAACAUAAUGAAAUGCCCUUCCUGUUCAAAUGAUCUAGCUGAAUUUCUUCAGAAUCCUCAGGUUAACAGGGAACUAAUGACAGUGAUAGAGUCACUACAACACAGAAAUGUAGGGGAGGAACAGUCUGAUGAAUCCAGUAAAGAAGUUGAUAGCAGGCAUGAAGAAACAGAUGCAGCUGCUGAUGAUAUUGAAAUGUCUAGUGCAAAUAAUCAUAAUAAUUUGAAAUCUGGUAUGGAAGUUAAACCCCAGCGAACAGACAAGUUUAAGAGUGCGAGUGCUCGUAACGGCAACUCAUCUUGUCAAGCAAGGCCAUUGCUUGAGCCGCCUGAUGUUGAGCAAGGUACCAAAGGUGGUUCUGUUAAACCUGAAAAUAGAGGGCAGCAAACUAGUGCAGCAGAGAGAAAAUUAAAGCAGACUAAGAAGCGGAAAAAAUCAAGUAAUGCAACGUCAAAUGUUGGUGUGACGACCAGAAGCAAAAGAGCUAAACUGACAACCCGAUGAAUAUGUCAAGUUUACCUUUUCGUUUUUUUAGCAGUGGUCGUGCUUUGUUUUCCUGGACUUGUUUGGAAGGCAAGAGUGGACACAUCCAACACCAAAUAUUUUUUGUACCUA